CGCAGGUUGCGAUGCGCGGCGCAGGCAGGGCGCAGCGAGCAACAGGAGGCGGCGCGGUGACUCGCCGCCCCACCGCCGCCGCCGCCCGCGCCCAGCCCGCCCCGGGGCGCCGGAGCUAGCGGGGUUGCAGCCCGCGCUCCCCGCGCCCGGCCCCAGGGACGGCCCCGGCGGGGAACCGCCGCCGGAGUUGGGGCGGGGGGGGAAGGAGCGGGCGAAGGGCGGGAGCAGCGCGGCCGGGGCCGGGAGCGUGCGGUGUGGCUGGGCGGCGGUCCCCGGGCGGCCGGCUCGUGAUGGUGCUCCUGCCCCUCUGGGUAGCGGCAGCCGCGCUCCUGGGGGUCCGCGCUGCGCCCGGCCGGCAGGCUGGUAAAGAACAGCAGAUCCAAAUAGAAUUAGGAAAAAGCAGACCGAGACCGUACGGGUUAGUGAUUCCAAUUAGCACCAAUGCCGACGGAAGCUACGUCUCCAAUAUCCUCUCUGCAAGUCACCAAAGACGAUCGACACGGGAGGUAUCGCAGAGCCCCAAACAGCUGUAUUUUAACGUCACUGCCUUCGGAAGGGAAUUCCAUCUCCGGCUGAAACCCAACGCUCGUUUAGUGGCUCCCGAGGCCGUGGUGGAGUGGUACGAAGACUCUGUGCAGACUGGAAGCGAUGCUGGUAACGCGAGUCAGCCCAGACCCGCCGCGGAGAGACUGCGCGAGAGGGAGCCCCUGUGGACCAACUGCGCCUACGUGGGAGACAUAACGGACAUCCCCGGAGCUUCUGUCGCUAUUAGCAAUUGCGACGGUCUGGCUGGAAUGAUAAGAACUGAUAAGGAUGAGUACUUCAUCGAGCCUUUGGAAAGAGGAAAGCAAAUGGAAGAGGAAAAGGGAAGAGUCCACAUGGUGUACAGGCGAUCAGCGGUAGCGCAGCAUCCCACUGCAGUGCUCCCCGAUGUCCACACAGAAGAGCCUCUCCUCGGCGGCCUCGGAGACCUGGGUUCCCUGUUCGGCCGCGUAGAGCAGCAACUGAACGAAACCCUGAGGCGACGCAGGCACGCGGGAGACGACGACUACAACAUCGAGGUGCUGCUCGGGGUGGACGACUCCGUCGUCCGAUUCCACGGCAAAGAACACGUUCAGAACUACCUCCUCACCCUCAUGAACAUCGUGAAUGAAAUUUACCACGACGAGUCCCUGGGGGUUCACAUCAACGUUGUGCUGGUCCGAAUGAUCAUGCUGGGGUACGCGAAGUCCAUUAGCUUGAUUGAGAGGGGGAAUCCCUCGAGAAGCUUGGAGAACGUUUGCCGCUGGGCCUAUCAGCAGCAGAAGUCAGACCCCAAUCACUCCGAGCACCACGACCAUGCCAUCUUCUUAACCAGGCAAGAUUUUGGGCCCGCUGGUAUGCAAGGAUAUGCUCCUGUUACUGGCAUGUGUCACCCGGUCCGAAGCUGCACUCUCAACCACGAGGAUGGCUUUUCAUCAGCUUUUGUGGUCGCUCAUGAAACCGGUCACGUGCUGGGAAUGGAGCACGAUGGGCAAGGGAACAGAUGUGGGGAUGAGACAGCAAUGGGGAGCGUCAUGGCUCCCUUGGUGCAGGCUGCCUUCCAUCGCUACCACUGGUCCAGGUGCAGCGGCCAGGAGCUCAAGCGAUACAUACACUCUUACGACUGUCUUCUCGACGACCCCUUCGAACACGAUUGGCCCAAGCUCCCUGAACUGCCAGGCAUCAAUUAUUCCAUGGACGAUCAGUGCCGCUUUGAUUUUGGCGUUGGCUAUAAAAUGUGCACAGCGUUCCGAACCUUUGACCCGUGCAAGCAGUUGUGGUGCAGCCAUCCAGACAACCCGUAUUUCUGUAAGACUAAGAAAGGACCUCCCCUCGAUGGGACAGAAUGCGCCCCUGGGAAAUGGUGCUAUAAAGGUCACUGCAUGUGGAAGAACGCGAACCAGCUGAAGCAGGACGGCAACUGGGGCCCCUGGACGAAGUUUGGCUCCUGCUCACGGACCUGCGGAACUGGAGUUCGCUUUCGAACGCGCCAGUGCAACAAUCCAAUGCCCAUUAACGGAGGCGAAGACUGUGCUGGUGUCAAUUUUGAGUUUCAACUUUGCAAUACAGAGGAGUGUCCGAAGCACUUUGAGGACUUCAGAGCGCAGCAGUGUCAGCAACGCAAUUCCCACUUUGAGUAUCAGGGCAGCAAGCACCACUGGCUGCCGUACGAACACCCGGACCCUAAUAAGAGAUGUCACCUGUACUGCCAGUCCAAAGAAACCGGAGACGUUGCGUACGUGAAACAGCUGGCACACGACGGGACUCGCUGUUCCUACAAGGAUCCCUACAGCAUCUGUGUCCGGGGAGAAUGCGUGAAAGUGGGCUGUGACAAGGAAAUUGGCUCCAACAAGGUUGAAGAUAAGUGUGGCGUCUGUGGCGGGGACAACUCUCAUUGCCGAACCGUGAAGGGAACCUUCACCCGCACCCCCAAAAAGCUCGGGUACCUUAAGAUGUUUGAUAUCCCUCCCGGUGCUCGACAUGUGUUUAUCCAAGAAGACGAGGCUUCUCCUCACUUUCUUGCAAUUAAGAACCAGGCCACGGGACACUACAUUCUGAACGGGAAAGGGGAGGAGGCCAGAUCCCGAUCUUUCAUUGACCUGGGCGUGGAGUGGGAGUACAACAUAGAGGACGACAUAGAAACUCUGCACACGGACGGGCCCUUGCACGACGCGGUGGUUGUGCUGAUCAUUCCUCGGGAGAACGACACAAGAUCUAGCCUGACUUACAAAUACAUCAUUCACGAGGAUUCGGUACCAACCAUCAACAGCAACAACGUCCUACAAGAAGAAAUAGAUACUUUUGAGUGGGCGUUGAAGAGUUGGUCGCAGUGCUCCAAACCCUGUGGUGGAGGGUUCCAGUACACCAAAUACGGGUGCCGCAGGAAAAGUGACAACAAAAUGGUUCAUCGCAGCUUCUGUGAAGCCAGCAAAAAGCCAAAGCCCAUUCGCAGAAUGUGCAAUCUUCAGGAAUGCACGCAGCCUCUCUGGGCAGCAGAUGAGUGGGAAUACUGCACAAAAACCUGCGGGAAUUCAGGCUACCAGCUCCGAACUGUGCGUUGCAUCCAACCCCUCCACGACGGUGCAAACCGCUCCGUGCAUUUCAAGUACUGCAGCGGGGAUCGCCCCGAGAGCCGCCGGCCCUGCAACCGCGUCCCGUGCCCCGCGCAGUGGAAGGCUGGACCCUGGUCGGAGUGUUCCGUGACCUGCGGGGAGGGAACCGAGACCCGGCAGAUCGUGUGCCGUGCUGGCGACCGGUGCGACGGAGAAAAGCCGGAAUCAGUGAGGGUUUGUAAACUCGCUGCCUGUAACGAUGAGCCCUGUAUGGGAGACAAAUCCAUUUUCUGUCAGAUGGAAGUGCUCGCGCGUUACUGCUCCAUCCCCGGCUACAACAAGCUGUGCUGCGAGUCCUGCAGCAAGCGCAGCAGCACCCUCCCACCGCCCUUCCUUACCGAAGCGGCUGAACGGGAAGAGGAGGCGACGUUUGGUCAGCGCGCCCUGCCUGGGGCUUUGAUGAUGCCGACGCCCGCAGCGCCGCCCCACGCGCAGCUCCUGCCCGCGAGGAGUUCCCUGCUCCCUGUUGCAGAAGAGGACGCAGAUACGCACGCCUCCCCGUCCAGCGCCAAGCCCGAAGGUGGUGAGUUUCCGCAGCGGAGGGCUCCUCAGGCGAGGAAGACGUCUAGGCUGUUUGCUUUGCUACGCCAGUCGCCCGCCAACAGCGGCGGCCUCGGUCCUCGUAACGCCACGGCGGGCGCUCCUUCUCCAGCGAGAACCUCACGGAGUAGCGAGAAGAGACGGCCUUCGAGGUCCUCCGCUGUGGAAAGAUGAGCGUGAACGCCUUGCGGAGGACGGCCCUUGGAAGAGGCUUCGGUUGGCGCUUUGGGUUUCGUUUCCUUACUGCCGGACACUAUGGGGCACGCUGCUUUCCACCAGCAGGACGCUGCAGGUCACCCACUCAUUUUCCUUGUAAAUACAAAGAACGAGAAGUGCUGGUUCACUUUCUAGUUGCUCCCGUCCUCCUCCCGUACGGCGUUACCUGGCUAGCUCAAGCGCACCGGAGGAACGCACCAAAGAAUGUUCCUAACAACAGCGAGCGGAAGGCGCUGAGGGCGUCAGUCGAGCUCUGGCCCAGAGAAGCGGCCCUGACCUCAGCGCUCACCUCGUUACUUUUGGGUUUAAACACCCACCCGCAGAAGAUGCCCCGCUACGAGAGGUACCAAACGUUUACGCUACACAAAAUACUUUUGCAGUGGAACAACCGAAUCCAUGAGACUUGUUUUGCUAAUUUAUCUAUCUAAACGGAUAUUGGAUGAGCAGAUUUGCAGCUGUUGUGUAAAUACUGUAUAUUGCAGAAAGUCAGUAUUAUUUCGAAGCGUUCCGUGCUGUCAGACAAUGUUUACCUAUGUUGCAUUCUGGACAAGCGCUAGGUGCCUGCCAUUGCGUACUGCCUUAUUUUACGUUCCAAGAGUUGAUUUUUAAAGCAGCAUUAUCAUAAAAGGAGGAGUUCCGUUUUCAUUUGAACUGACAUCUCCUGACACUAGGAAAGGGUUUGGGUUUUUCUGGUUUUGAGUAUCAGCAAUGUGAUGCUUUCUUUUGAAACAGGGCGGGGGGGGAAGUGUAAACCUAAAGGUACGAGUCCACUUAGAGCCACCCGCCCGUUAAAAGCAGGUUUAGACGCUUCAGCGUAAUUCCAGUCACGGGUCGCAAAAACGAUUUCCGGUGCCCGGGAAGGGAGCGCUGACCCCACGCUGAGCGGGCGUUGCGUCGGCGUGGGAGCAGCGGCGCCGUCCCGUAGCCUCCUUUUGCCGAAGAGGCGAGAGCGGUGUAGGAAACCCUGUAAAUACUGUAAGUACUGUGACGUGCACGAGCCCAAGGUGAGUUCUGUUUUCCAGGCGAUCUGUUUGCUCUUUCCGAAGCUGAAAAAGCAUUACAGAGGUGGAAUAGGCGCUAACGAGAAAUAGGUGUGGCAAGACUUAAAAUAGAUAAUUUUUUUCUUUCCUACUGGAAGCAUUGAUUUAAAGGUGAGAGAGAUAUUUAUUUUUCAGCAUGGUUCACCUCAACAUCUCCACAACCACAACGCAUCUGACUGCAAUCAGGUACUAGUAAUUUAUGUCAACAACCACCCUGCUCACAGUCCACCCAGUCGCACUCUCUCCUGUGUGUUGCUGUAAAGUACUUGUAUAUAGGAUGGAGAACUAAAGAUAUUUAUUAAAAGUUGAUUUCUUGAUAGUAUUUUAUGUACUAAAUAUUUACACUAAGGGCAGUCGAGUAUUCUUUUUGCCAAGAUAAAAUAGAGAGAUGUAAUUAGAUACCUGUACGUGCUAUGUCAUAUGGAUAGAACAGAAAUUUAAGCUAACUAAACUACUGUAGAGAAAUUGUUGAUCUAAUGCUUUAAAAAAAAAAAAAAAAACACCUCUUAUGACAGUUUUCUAUUGCAGGCAUCUUUAAUUUCAAAAUAGGCUAUUAAAGUUUCACGUGCAAUUGUUGCUUCCCCGUAAAACGGUGGACCCAUUUAAAAGAGCAGUGACUACGUACCUCUGAAACGCUCUCGAGUAGAUGGGGACCCCAAAGGUGAAAUUCUAGAAACAUCUGUAGUGAUUACGCGGAAUCCCUAGGAAGAGAUAAGGAUGAAGAUUGUUGUCAGCGGACUGUUAAAGCGAAUGGGAAGGUAGGUAGGUUACUCCUGUUCGGGGGAGCACGGGGUCACGCUGCGAGAGGCGCCCUGCGUCGUGCUCUGUGUGACCGAACCCGCUGACGUCUUGACUCGACGCCGCUCAAGAGUUGCUGCUGCCCCUCUGCAAGGCUUCCGCAGGGCCGGCAGGUAGCGGUGGGCAGGGUGCACGGACGGUCCCUGAGCCUCCAACAGACAAACAGGGUGUGUUUGGUUCUGUCAGGUUCCCCCAACGUCAAAUUCUCCUUUCUCUCUGUCUGUAUCUUUUACAUAUAUUCGAUGUGGGUGUAGAUAAUCCUUGUACCUUUGUGAUUUCUUUUCUACCACGCUAACUUCUCUUUCUAUAAAGUGUGCACUACUGAUGCUGUUUGUUGUAUUGGGGAGCACGUAGCAAUAAAAUCGU